AUGUCGGCCCCCGAGACCUUCGAGUUCCAGGCUGAGAUCUCUCAGCUUCUCUCCCUCAUCAUCAACACUGUCUACUCCAACAAGGAGAUCUUCCUUCGUGAGCUUGUCUCCAACGCUUCCGAUGCUCUCGACAAGAUCCGCUAUGAGUCCCUGUCGGACCCCAGCAAGCUGGACUCCGGCAAGGAUCUCCGCAUCGACAUCAUCCCCAACAAGGAGAACAAGACCCUCACCAUCCGCGAUACCGGUAUCGGUAUGACCAAGGCUGACCUCGUCAACAACCUCGGUACUAUUGCCCGCUCCGGUACCAAGCAGUUCAUGGAGGCCCUGACCGCUGGUGCCGAUAUCUCCAUGAUCGGUCAGUUCGGUGUUGGUUUCUACUCUGCCUACCUUGUUGCCGACAAGGUCACCGUCAUCUCCAAGCACAAUGAUGACGAGCAGUACAUCUGGGAGUCUUCUGCUGGUGGCACCUUCAAAUCAUCCCCGACACCGAGGGCGAGCCCCUUGGCCGCGGAUGAGCAGCUUGACUACCUCAACGAGAGCAAGAUCAAGGAGGUCAUCAAGAAGCACUCCGAGUUCAUCUCCUACCCCAUCUACCUCCACGUCCAGAAGGAGACCGAGAAGGAGGUUCCUGAUGAGGAUGCUGAGGAGGAGGCCAAGGAGGUCACCGAGGAGGAUGACAAGAAGCCCAAGAUUGAGGAGGUCGAUGAUGAGGAGGAGGAAAAGAAGAAGGAGAAGAAGACCAAGAAGGUCAAGGAGACCACCAUCGAGGAGGAGGAGCUCAACAAGCAGAAGCCCAUCUGGACUCGCAACCCCCAGGACAUCACCCAGGAGGAGUAUGCUGCCUUCUACAAGUCGCUCUCCAACGACUGGGAGGACCACCUCGGUGUCAAGCACUUCUCCGUUGAGGGUCAGCUCGAGUUCCGCGCCAUCCUCUUCGUUCCCAAGCGCGCUCCCUUCGACCUCUUCGAGACCAAGAAGACCAAGAACAACAUCAAGCUCUACGUCCGCCGCGUCUUCAUCACCGACGAUGCCACCGACCUCGUCCCCGAGUGGCUCAGCUUCGUCAAGGGUGUUGUCGACUCUGAGGAUCUCCCUCUCAACCUGUCUCGUGAGACUCUCCAGCAGAACAAGAUCAUGAAGGUCAUCAAGAAGAACAUCGUCAAGAAGUCUCUUGAGCUCUUCAACGAGAUUGCUGAGGACAAGGAGAACUUCGACAAGUUCUACACUGCCUUCUCCAAGAACAUCAAGCUCGGUAUCCACGAGGAUGCCCAGAACCGCAACAUCCUUGCCAAGCUCCUCCGCUUCAACUCCACCAAGUCUGGUGACGAGAUGACCUCUCUCUCCGACUACGUUGCUCGCAUGCCCGAGCACCAGAAGAACAUGUACUACAUCACUGGCGAGUCCAUCAAGGCUGUCUCCAAGUCUCCCUUCCUUGACUCCCUCAAGGAGAAGGGCUUCGAGGUUCUCUUCCUUGUUGACCCCAUUGAUGAGUACGCCAUGACUCAGCUCAAGGAGUUCGAGGGCAAGAAGCUUGUUGAUAUCACCAAGGACUUCGAGCUCGAGGAGACCGAGGAGGAGAAGAAGCAGCGUGAGGAGGAGGAGAAGGAGUUCGAUGGUCUUGCCAAGGCUCUCAAGAACGUUCUCGGCGACAAGGUUGAGAAGGUCGUCGUCUCCCACAAGCUCGUCGGCUCUCCUUGCGCCAUCCGCACUGGCCAGUUCGGUUGGUCCGCCAAUAUGGAGCGUAUCAUGAAGGCCCAGGCCCUCCGUGACACCUCCAUGUCCAGCUACAUGUCUUCCAAGAAGACCUUCGAGAUCUCCCCCAAGAGCCCCAUCAUCAAGGAGCUCAAGAAGAAGGUUGAGGCUGACGGUGAGAACGACAAGACUGUCAAGUCCAUCGUCCAGCUCCUCUACGAGACCUCUCUUCUCGUCUCCGGCUUCACCAUCGACGAGCCCGCUGGUUUCGCCGAGCGCAUCCACAAGCUCGUCUCCCUCGGCCUCAACCUCGAUGAGGAGCCUGAGGCUGCUGCCGAUGCCCCUGCUGCCGCUGAGGGUACUCCCGCCGCCGAGACUGGUGACUCCGCCAUGGAGGAGGUUGACUAA